GGACCUUGCUGUAGGAUGAUUUAGUCGACGAAAGGACUGAGCUCCGUGACUAACAUAACAGUCAACCCGCUAUUAUUUGGAGUUCAACACGUGAAUGGAAGGUGAUUAUAACUGUAGAUCGUGAUCAAUUUAUAGAAAUCGUUUGCAGUUGGAGAAUUUAAUAUAACAUUUCUGGCAAUUGCUGAAUAGAGUCUUUAUUAAUUUGGAAAUCGGAGCUGUCAAAUCGAAACAGCAUAUAACAAUUUAAAAAAAAUGUACGAAUGGCAAUGGAAGAGAUUGGUCUUUAUUUUGCAUAGUUUCUAAAAGUAGAUAUUCCAUAAAAAUGCAAUUUAUAUAGCUUUCACAUAAUUCGAAAAUUUUCAUGAAUGAUUGCCAAAUUUCUCGUCAUUUGAUAAUGGAAGCAGUAAUCUCAUGGAUUGUUAGAUUCCAGUUCGUGUGUUUUCGAAUUUUAAGUGUUGACUUUAAAUCUCAAUAUGAUAUUUAAGCAUUACUUUUGAGAAAAUGAGUCAAUCAAAAAUAAUUCUCUUGAAAUUUUGUUAAAAAAAAAAGUUAUGCUUUUAUAGGAAUUUUAAUGGUUGCAAAGUACAUUUUCUUUUUAGAAAUGACUUGACUAAAGUUGCAGAAUCUUCUCCGGUGUCAAUGAAAUCGAAAAUCUUAAAAGUUGAAUGAUUUACAUUUGAGACCUUACAUCGUUUGGAUAAUUUGAGAGAAUUAUCGUCUGUUUACGGAAUCCGUGAUAAAUAUCGUCUGAAAUAAAUUGUUUCAAUUUGUCCCAUGAAGUUAGAAGCAUAGUUUGCAAAUGUGGUAAUCAGACAAAACUUAUCUAAUCAUGAAGAUGAUUAUGUGUGCUGGCUGUGAUUCUCCUAUUUUGGACAGAUAUUUGUCGAAGGUGGAAGAACGUGCCUGGCACGCGAAAUGUGUUAAAUGCUGGGACUGCCAAAUAAUACUCGCAGAUAAAUGUUUCUCAAGGGACGGAAAACUGUAUUGCAAACCCGACUUCUUUAGGAGGUUUGGUACAAAAUGUGGUGGCUGUUCCCAAGGCAUAUGUCCAACAGAUCUGGUACGGAGAGCGAGGGGUCGGGUGUACCAUGUGGCCUGUUUCACGUGCCUCCUUUGCCGGAAGCAGCCCUCUACCGGAGAAGAACUUUAUGUACUUGACGAAACACGUUUCGUGUGCAAAGAUGACUUCAAUAGCAUCGUUGUCAGCGGUGGCUCAGGAGCUAAUAGUCCUCACAACAACACUCCCAACAGUGAAGAACCCGUCGAUUGUUUGGUUGCUGGACCUUCUUCGAAUGACGAAGCAGGAGGAGGGACUAAAAGAAGAGGUCCUCGUACCACCAUCAAGGCUAAACAGCUGGAGACAUUGAAGGCUGCUUUCGCCGCAACGCCCAAACCGACAAGGCACAUAAGAGAACAAUUAGCACAGGAAACGGGACUUAAUAUGCGUGUCAUACAGGUGUGGUUUCAAAACAGGCGUUCGAAAGAGCGAAGAAUGAAGCAACUGAGCAACUUGGGAGCAAGAAGACAUUUUUUUAGGAAUCCAAGGCGAGCGAUGCGUCCUCUUAGAGCCGGUCUCAUGGACGAAGCUGUCCCACACAACGCCUUUGCCUAUUUCUCAGAUUCGAACAGUCCAAAUGACUUCAACUAUGGACCCCAUCCAGCUUUCUACGACUAUUUUCCCAGUUCUCAUCCUCAAGGUGGUAUAACAGAUUUUCCGGGAACUGUUCCCAUAACUGCAGGAGGAAAUAAUACUCUCGAACAUUCGAACACAAUCAAUAAUGGUGUGACACCAGUGGAGGCUUCUUACAUGAACAAUAAUCCUGAUUGUUUAGGUUCCAGAUCAAGUCCGGAGAACCCGCUGAGCAACCUACAAGAAGUGAGCUACAGUUCGAACGGCAGACCACAGCAACGACCGCCAGAUGGCACACCAUUCGCACCAUUUAUGCCCAAUCAUAUCCCUCCUCACAUGAACGAUACAAGAGUUUGGUAAAUUAUAUUUGUUAGUGGAAGUAGGACUGUUUUGUUAAGAAGCUUUUAUUGACUGUUUGAUUUCAGUUAGUUGACGUCCACUCGCACUGAGGUUGUGUUUGAAUAUAUUGUAAAUAAAUAUUGUAAAAAGAAUUAAUCGUGUGAAUGCCGAUCAAUAAAAUGUCUGUGGCAGUUA